UAAUAACGUAUUGGGAAUUGAACCACCAUAUAUUGUGCUCAAUAUAGGCCAAAAAGUAUCUAAAAACAUAUCCUUUCUUGCUAUAUUACUUGUAUCGUUAGUUUUCGAGUUUUUGAAAUAAGGUUCAAUAUUUAACAUAUCAAAAUAAUGGAAAGGCGUAUGAAGUCGAAAUUACCUCCGGCAGGUCCAAAAAUUGAAAGGAAAUAUGUGGAGAAAAAUAGAAGGAAUUAUAUGAAGAAACUCUAUAAUCAACUUCAUUCCUUGAUCCCUACGUCUAAGGAAACAAUAAUGACAGUGCCAGAUCAAAUAGAUGCAGCAGUGAAUUACAUAGAAAACUUGAAAAUGAAUUUGGAGAUGAACAAUAAGUACUUGGAAGAAUUGAAAAUGGGCCUAAAGAAGGCCCAAUCAUUCAACCCAACUAAUGAGCCCGGCCCAAUCACAAAGUCACAACCUCAGAUUGAAUUCCAUGAAAUGGGCCCAAACAUGGUUGUUGUUUUAAUAACUAGCCUUAAUAAUAUAGCCACUUUUAAUAACAUCAUUCGAUUAUGCUAUGUGGAAGGUGUUGAAGUUGUGUCUACAAGAUUUGAACUCAAUGGAAACUCAACACUACAAAUUUCUCAUGAAACAACUAAGAUCAAUAGAAGCUCAGCGAUGGAAUUAAUAGGUACAAAUUUGUGUGAUAAGAUGAAGGAGUUAAUUUAUGGACCCUCUUAUAUGGAAUCUCAAUUACAUUUAUGGGACUACAAAAUUGAAUUUGAUACAUUGGAGUACUACUUAUUACCAACAAGAAGUAAAAAUCCAAACAUGUAUAGUUACAUGCAAAAUUAAUAUUUUAUUCCUACCUUUUUAUGUUUUUUCAUUAGUAUUGAGUUGUAAAAUUAUAAACUAUGGAUGUGCUUGAUAAGAAAGGAAAAUAUUUUCAUGAAAAAAAAA